UGACGGAGGACCGUAAAUUGUAGACGGUCUGGCGAAACAGAUUGUUUGAUUAGUUCAAGUGCGAUUACUAGUUAUUGCGCUCGUUAUUUAUAAAGUAGUUCAUCAUUCACCGUUUGACGGGGCGACGAAAUGGUGAAAUCGAAAGUAAACAAUUUGGACGGUCUUUUGUCGAAAACGUUGGGAAAAAACGUCGAAAUUCUGGCGCAAAGAACUUCUCUCUUGACGGCGCCCGGUGAGCACUACGGGUCCGUGAUGCUCGCGCUUGAAGUAACAAUGAAAAAUUCAGAUGGAAACAAGGAGACUUUGAACUUGGUGGCUAAACUGAUUCCGGCAAACGAAAUGUUAAGGGUAGCUUUCGAUAUAUAUGUGACGUUCAAAAAAGAAGUAUUCGCCUACACGGAGUCCAUUCCGGCCCUGAUAGAAUUACAGAGAGAGUACAAUGUACCCGAAGAAAAGAUUAUAAAUAUAUUUCCAAAGUGUUACGGUGCCAGGGUCAGCCUAGACGGAAACAGCAAUGAAGUCGAUGAGGACGGCGUGCUUAUAUUUGAGAAUUUAAAACUGCUGGGUUACAAAACCGAAGACAGGCUGACCGGUUUCGACUUAGAGGGUACCAGGAUAGUCGUCAGAGAUUUAGCAAAAUUCCACGCGCUUCCGAUAGCACUAAAGCUUAUCAAACCUGAUGUGUUCAAAGAAAAGAUAAUGCCCUCCUUGGUGCAGAACAAAGGGCUGGAGCAGCUACCGGAGGAGGUGGGAAGGGCAUUCCACGAAAGUAUCAUGGAAGGAGCCAAGGAAAUCGAAGAGCUGCAGCCAUAUAUGGAACGUAUACAGAAGGUUGUAGACUAUGCGGCGGAACAUCCCUUUGUGUUGCGCCCUCCACCCAAUGAACCGUGGGGCACCAUGUCGCACUCCGACUAUUGGACUAGCAAUACGAUGCUGCUGAGGGACGAAAACGGGAAACCCCUGAUGAACAAGAUGGUGGACCUCCAACUAAUGACGUACAAUUCGGCGCUACGCGACCUGGUUUUUUUCUUGUUUACCAGUGUAAUAAACGACGUGUUAGAUAUGCACUACGACGAGUUCCUCGGGCUGUACCACGAAAGUUUGAUAGAUAACCUGAAAGACUUCGAUCUGGACUUAACUCUGUUUUCUUGGGAGGCUUUCCAGAAAGAGCUGAACGAGGUGGGACCUUCCGAGGUGUAUCACGUUUUAGUGAUGCUCAAACCCAUUUGCACCGAACGAGGCAAGGUGCAAAAUAGCUUAGAGGACUUCGAGGACACCGAUUGGAGCCGUAGGGACUUACUGGGGCCCAACCACCGAAGGAAACUCAGAGCCACAGUCCUGGCUUUCCUGAAGAGAAAUUGGAUAUAGCCGUGUUGUUUUAGUCAAAUGUUUUACUUUCACUUUAUGCCACAAUAAAUAUUUUAUUAUACAUAAA